UACCACAAAGUCCCAUAUACACUGAUGAAUACUCAUCUAUCUGAUCCUACCCCACCCACGCAUCACGCAUGGAUUCAUGUCAACCCCAACUCCCACCGGGAUUCAGGUUCCACCCAACCGACGAAGAACUCAUCGUUCACUACCUCAAGCGAAAAGCUUCCUCUGCUCCUCUCCCCGUCGCCAUCAUCGCCGACGUUGAUCUCUACAAGUUCGACCCAUGGGAGCUUCCAAGUAAGGCCACGUUUGGGGAGCAAGAAUGGUAUUUCUUUAGUCCGAGGGAUCGCAAGUAUCCGAAUGGGGCUCGCCCAAACAGAGCAGCUACGUCCGGAUAUUGGAAGGCCACCGGCACUGAUAAGCCUAUUAUUGCGUCUGAUGGCCAACACCGACUCGGCGUCAAGAAAGCUCUCGUUUUCUAUGGCGGCAAGCCUCCUAAAGGGGUCAAAACCAAUUGGAUCAUGCACGAAUAUAGACUCACUACUACUCAUAACAAUAAUUCUAUCUCAUCAAAGUCUUUUCCUUCUCUUCCUUCUCACCUUCCUUCCUCCAAUCAGAAGAAUAAUUCCUUGAGGCUUGAUGAUUGGGUGUUGUGCCGAAUAUAUGAAAAAAGCAACCGUGGCAAUUUUGCAAGAACAGCGUUGAUGGAGCACCAUGAUCAUGAUGAUGAUGAUGACAAUAAUAAGGAUCAGCUUUCCGCGGAAACAACGAGUAUGAUAGAAAACAUGUCCACCAUGAGUCAGAAUUCCAAGCCCACACAACAUUAUGGACCAUUGCUGGUUCAAAACGAUGACAACUUCUUCGAUGGAAUCUUAGCCGCUGAUCAUCAAAAUCAUCAACAUCACAACUUGCCAAUGAAGAGGACACUGGUGAAUAUGAAUAAUUCAGAGUUUUGGAAUGAGACAAACAAGAGGUUCCAUUGUGAUCUCAAUAACAACACUAACACUGUUGCUAAUAAUGAUGAGGAUAACAGUUCCUUUGUUUCACUGCUUAGCCAUAAUCAGAUUCCUCAUCCUACUAACAAUGCUUCUCUUCUUGGCCCUACUGUUGCUGAUGGUGUUUUCAGGCAACACUUUCAACUUCAAACAAUUAAUUGGAACUUAUAAAUUAUAUUCUCAUCUGACUAGCUAGCUAGCUAUAUAUUAUUAUAUGUAGUGUGAUCAGAGUGGUCUAAUAUCAUUGAUUAUAUAUACAGUACAUGUAAUUAGCUAUUUUAUUGCCACUUUUCUAUUUGAAGCUUAAUUAAUUAAGCUAUACAAUGUUUGUAUACAAAAUAUACUAUUCUAUGAUGUAAGUAUACCUAUAUACCAAGCUUAUACAAAAU